GUCCUAGACUAGUUGUUUUUCGACUGAUUUUACAUGUAAUAACCUUUAUUAAAUCGUUACAAUACAAUUCGUCGUAUUGCUAUUACACUGGUCGCAGUUGUGGGAUCGAGCAAGACGGUUCUUCCGGAAAACAAGGUCUCAGGAAAGGAGGACAUUCGAGAAUUUUACGCGAUUUUGAAAUAUUUGUUGCUGUGAACGAAUGGUCGGAUGUGAAUUGUGAAAGCUGGACAAUACUUGGCAGUGUUUUUGAAAGAAGAUGCAAAGGCAUUUUAUCAUCAACAAUCGGACACGGUAAGGAAGAGUUGCAAAGAGCUUUCACAGGCUUUGAAAGAAAGAUACGAGGAGGCUUGGUGUUGUUAAAAUAUAAGAAAGAAUUUAAUGCCAGAAAUAGAAAGGACGGUGAAAUAUUACAUUCUUAUUUGUCAGAUUUGAGAUUGUCGUACGAAAGAGCAUACCGUCCACCUAUAGUAGAUCCAUUGCCUGCAGAUACAAAUGCAGAUUAGAAAAUCUAGCAUGCCAGCAAGAAGGAGCGUAAAUGGAUUGGGGAAAGAACUGACAGAAGUUUUGAUACGUCGUCAAGAUGAUUUACUCAAGAAAUCUGUGGAAAGCGUCCUUAAGCAAAUAUUCACCUUGCAGGAAGAACAAGGUGUUGCCGGAAAGGUUUCUGCUGCACAGAGAGCAGGAAAACUGGAGAGUCAUGUGGACGGUGCACAAAAUGUAGAAGAGGUGGCACACCAACAACCUAGUCUGGAAAACAACUUAGAUGAAAUCCUCAAGAAUCAGCGUGCAUUCCAAGCUGCAGCAGUUAAAAAGGGAGGUAAGAGAUUUCCAGGGAAACAGAGGCCUGGUCCCAAACCCUCCGAUAUCUGAACGGCAUGUAAUGGUCGUGGACAUUGGGCACGCAACUGUCCUUCUAUAAACGAAGGAGGGGCAGGCCGCAAACCCCCGGUUCAGCCCUAAAGAGUCAGAAAGGAGUCGUGUACCCAUAUAGAAGCCCCAUGCCACAAACUAAGAUUAAUACAGUACAGACCACCAGAGCACAGAGGGGAAGCUAUCAUGUGGAAGGAAUUGUAAAUGGGCUCAGAACAAAUUUUCUAGUAGACACUGGGGCAGAAGUUAGUUUAAUUUGUGCAACAGUUCCAAGUUUAGAAGUUAGAGAAUCCUGCAUAGCAUUAGUUUCAAUAACUAACCAACGUAUUACAAUUCAAGGUGAAACUGAUGACGUGAAUCUUAGUUUAGGGUCGUUAAAAUCUAGAUGGAAAUUUUUGGUUGUGGACAACCUUAAAGAGUCGGUUCUGGGAGCAGACUUUAUAGAAAGUCAUUAUACUACUUCAUGGGGUAUUGCAGAUAACAAAUUGUGGCUUGACGACGCAGGGAUACCACUAAUGGGUAUUAAAAACGUUGGUAUGGUGAAAGACUACAACCAUUCACCAGUUGUAGCCAAUUGCACUGUGGAACUACCAGCUCGGCGCCAAGCAAUAAUCCCCAUGCAUACCAAAGAUAAGAGUUUUGGAAGUAGUUUAUUUGAACCAACUAAAACACCAGGUGGAGUAUUAUUGAGCAAAACAGCAGUAGAAGGAGGAAAAGAUGGACCUUUUUAA